AUGCCAUGUAAGCGCCAUACUACGACCGAGCCGUCGCCUUUGCCUGUCGUCAUCGUGGACAGCCAUACGGAGGGCCUGCCUGCUGUUCACAUGGCGGUAAGAAGGGGAUGGAUACCCGGCGAUCAACAACUUCAGGUGCUCCAUGUGGAUGCCCAUCCCGAUUUGGCGGCGUCCAAGGCAAUCGAGUCAGAAGAUAUUUUCGGAGAUCAGCUCGACCUCUACACGAAGCUCGAGAAUGUGAUGACUGUUCAGACGUCUACGGGAUAUCAGCGUGGCUCCUCCCUGCCGUCCUACAAGGACACAUUGGUGAAGUUGUUUGGUGUCGACCAACCUGGGCGGACCAGCUACCUGAUGGCCAUCAUAGAGGCCUUUGGGUGGGCUUCCAAGAUGGACGAAUGCGAGUCAGUGUGGACUGGGCUGCCGUACUGGUCCGCUGAGGACGAGGCUGUCGACCCUUCCUCGGGUGUCGAGCCAGAGAGUCCAUCCUGCUCGUUCGAGUUACUGGUCUCCACAGCGCCGGAUCUACGCCAGCAUAAAGCAGCUGCAACCACUGCUCCCUGGAUACUCGAUAUCGACCUGGACUAUUUCUCAUGCCUCAAUCCUGUCCCUAUUGAGUGCCCAACCCUGCCUGCUCACAAGUCGACACGGGAAGAAAUCGUUCAUGCCAUCGCGGAGAUCGAGGAUGUGCUCAGUUCCUCUUACAAGUACCGUCCAGGAUUGGUCAUUAUCGCCCGUAGUGAUGAAGAUGGUUUCACUCCUCCUCAAGAGGUUGAUGGUAUACAACAGCGCGUCCUCGAUAUGUUGCAUCGACUUUAUGGUGAUUGCCGAGUGCUUCCAAUCACCUGCAUCGAAGACUUCUAUCAACUCUCCACUCUUGGUUUCUCGUGA